CUACAGCCAUGAAGUUCAUAUUUGUGCUCGUUUGCGUUGGAUUGAGCGCCGUCUCAUCUUACAAGAUAAAGGAUGGAUUAGAUGGGCGCAUUGUUGGAGGACAAGAUGCUGAUAUUGCCAAAUAUGGCUAUCAAGCUUCACUCCAAGUAUUUAACGAACAUUUCUGUGGAGCUUCAAUAUUGAAUAAUUAUUGGAUUGUCACAGCAGCUCAUUGCAUAUAUGAUGAAUUCACGUAUUCAGUUCGAGUCGGCACCAGUUUCCAAGGAAGACGUGGUUCCGUUCAUCCUGUGGCACAAAUUAUCAAGCAUCCUGCAUACGGUAAUGUAACUGACAUCGAUAUGGAUGUCGCCCUCAUCAAGGUUCGAAGACCAUUCCGGUUGAAUAACAGAACUGUUAGAACAGUCAAACUUACUGAUGUUGGAAAAGACAUGCCAUCAGGAGAAUUAGCCACUGUUACUGGCUGGGGAAAUUUAGGGGAAGAUGAAGACGACCCCGAACAACUGCAAUAUGUAAAGGUACCUAUUGUUAACUGGACUCAGUGCAAAACUAUAUAUGGAAAUGAAGGACUAAUAAUUACCCAAAAUAUGAUUUGUGCUGGUUAUCCUGAAGGCGGUAAGGACUCUUGCCAAGGAGAUAGCGGUGGCCCACUCGUCAACUCUAAGGGAGUUCUGCAUGGAAUAGUGUCUUGGGGAAUAGGAUGUGCACGACCCGAAAUCCCAGGAGUAUAUACCCGAGUGGCUUCAAAACCAAUAAGAGAAUUUAUCAAAAUGCACACUGGAAUAUAAGAGUUUUAACUUAUAAUAUUACAAAUAUUUUUUGAUAUUCCUUAAUUUCAAUGAUAUACUAAGACGAGAUGUUUUACAAAAUUUUGAUACUCAACUAACAAAUUAAACCAUAUUACUACUCAAAUAAAUAUCACUAAUAAUCAAUU